AUGCUAGCCAAGAAAGCAUAUAUUAUUAAAAUGGAAUUGCUAACCAAUCCACCCUUUUAACAACUGUUGUUGGGGCAACCCAGGGACCUUCUGGAAGAAAUGGUGGAGUUCUGGAACUAGUAUUUGGCAAUGCUUUGCAUGGUUAGCGGAGAGCAAUGCUGGGUUAAGCUGACCGCAGCUCACUCCAGGUCAAGGUUUUACAACGUGGGAAAAUAGGGAAGUCCAACAACAUGAGCCAGGUUACUACCUGUCGGGAACGUGUUGAAGCGCGAUACUAGGUGUUGCGUCCUGGGAUUUGAGUUUCCAUUUGAGCGACAGUUUACAGAAUUUCUAUUUUCUGGAAGCUGAAUCCUGUUGAAAUAUGAUAUUGUGGCUUAGCGUCUCAGAUUUAGGGGUAGCAAAGUAAACCUCGUCCAUGAAGAGCAGCAUAGAGAGGCCGUGCUCGGACUGGCAAGAAGUAGUAGGGCAAUAAUUGAGGCGAUUAAUGCCUGAAGCAUAGCUGCAGGAAUUCUCUUAUAAGUUAGAUUAGAUUUAAGUGUAAGCUAGCCAGGAAAACUAGACAAGUUUUGUAUGAUGCAAUUUCUGCCCAAAGAAUCCAGAAAGAAAAAGAUCCUAUCCCAUUUGAUGAACCAUGGUAUGAAGAAGCACCGAAUUAUUUUAAGAAAGCACCUGUUGAGCCUAGAUCCCCUUCCUGUAUUAAAAUAGAACAAAACAUUCUAUCCAGUUUCAAGGGCUAAAUUUUUUGAGAGAAAAAAAUUAAAUAUAAAAUCUAAAUUUUAAUUGAUUUUGUGGAGAAUUUUUAUUUAAAAAAUAAAAAUAAUUUAGAUUACAACUCUUUAUCAAGUAUUCUACUUGAACUUUCUCAAUUAUAAAUAAAAUGGCAUUCGGAAAGAGAGAAAUUAGCUCUGCGAAAUUUUCUCUCCCUCAUGUAAUUUAUUUAUGGGGUUGAGUUUUCUCUCAGAAUUUCUGCACAGCAAUAGCGGUUUAUAGGGCCUUCCUAUAGAUGGCGUGCAAUGCGCCAUCUAUAGGAAGGCCCUAUAACUCUGGGGAUAACCAGAGGAGCUGCUCCUCAGUGCAUUCAAGAGACUCAGGGUUUUAACCCUCAGUGCAUCCUCAUGGGAGGAUGGCCCUUAGGUGGAACACGCGCAGGAGCUGAGUCAGGGAGAGCGGUGGCAACGCUCCAGGUGAGAUAUGCGGCUGAUUGAAGGCAAAGCUUCGUAGAAGGCUUGAUCGUGGGCUGGCUAACGUGAAUUCAAGAUGGCUCGGUGACGUCACAAGUUGGCUUAGUCCUAUUUAACUAUGGGGAGUGGGUAAUAAACACCUUAAAUACCAAGUAAACUAAGUAAGAGCUUUCUCAAUUAAAUAAGGCCAAAGCUGCUAUAUAAAAUUUAUCAUUUUAAAAAUUUUCAUUAAAAAUUAAAAUCGCCCAAAUUUAAAUAUAAAAAAGGAAAUUUUAAAGAUAUUUUGUUCCAAUUUAAAAGGUGAGGGGGAUAAAGGGAAUUUAGCUAAAUUGGUAACAGGUUGGGCUCAAACAGUAAGAGUGAACAACCCUUAUAGAUACGCCAAUAGAGAUGAAAACUCUUAUUUGAAGAAUCCACAGCCGAAUUGGGGAGUUUAUAAAGGACUUGAAAUCGGUGGAGACAAUGUGAAACAUAUGGGAAUAGGGAGAGCUGUGUAUAGGGCUGCAGGAAUCCAGAAAGGGACUGAAGGCCUUGAAUGGUUAAUGGACCAGAAUUGCCAGAUUUACUAUCACUUUCCUAACCACAUGCACCGUGUUCCUAAAAGUUUGCCAUUUGAAGAGCAGAGAGGAAGAUGGGUCUUACAGUCAGAAAAAGCUAGUGCAGGCAAAAACCCUAUGGAUGGGAUGAACCAGGGUUAUCAAGGUGGCAGAAGGAGAAAAAUGGCCUGGUUUGAUAGCAUGGAAGCUGCAGUAAAUUACGCAUAUUACAUGGGUUGGAACUUUGACGUCGUGCUGCCAAAAUUCAGAUAUCAUACAAGGAAGAGCUAUUCCGACAACUUUAAAUAUAGACCUCCUAAAAACUAACUCCCCUUCGUGAGCUAUAGAAGUUUCCUAUGUUUUGGCGCUGUAAGGCUGAUAAAUUCUGAUCGGAAUUUAUCGGUUGGUUGCACCAAAUCAAUGCCUUGGUCAGACCAAAAAGCGAUUUGGUCCGACGAACUUGGAAAGCUCCUGGGAAAAUGUCUGCGCUUUCAGCGCUAUAUAGAGGAAACCUCUAUAAUAAAAAAAUUUGUUCGUUCAUGAGUUUUUAUUUUUCAUAAUUUUAAAAAAAUUCCAAUUUGUAAAAUUGAGAAGCAAAAAUUAAUUUUUUUUAUUUUCAAAAUGCAACUUGUUUAAAACUAAACAGAAUUAGACAUUUCACUAUAAUCACUUAUAUAUCAAAAAUUUUUCAUAAAAAAAUUGAUAUAAAAAAAAUUUUUGUUCGCCCACGAAGGGUGGAAGUAA